CGCAUAACUAGUCGGGAAAAUUCUGUAUAAAUUUUUUGACUAAAGUUUUAAAAACACAGUUGGUACCGAACAUUUCGAAUAAAGAUGGUACUGAGUAAAGAAGCAGUUAAGAAUAAAAUUAUCAUACUGCUAAUAAAAUAAAGAUUGUAAAUAAAGUGAAAAGAUAUCAGUAGUAAUUGCGAUCGCUAUAGUUUUGUGAGUGAUUUUGAUGGAUAUACAUUGAAUGAAUAAAUUUCAGGUCAUAGUGAAUGGAUUGCUCGAUUAAUAAGAGUAUAACACAAAACAAUACUUGUCACAGUUAGAAGGUCCACUACAUGGUACUGAAAUUCUAACCUAAAGGUUGACCAUGCAAAGCAAUCAAAAAGAUCACUGACAAACCACAUAUAAUCAAAGAUGGAAUCGUAACAGCAACAACGGAAAAAUACGGACGAAAUAGUGCAAGAUGGAUCCACCCCUAACAAGCAAAGUCCUACGCGCUCCUAAUCUUAAACGUGGUCAAGAAAACAUUAGAAUACAUAAUAGGAUCAAAUUAGAACGUGUGUUAGGCGUGACCGUAUCAAGUAAUGCUGCAUUGGAUUGUGACACAACAAGUGAAAUAGUCGCCUAUCCUGCAGGAUGCACGGUAGUUUUAUUUAAUCCGCGAAAAAAUACACAGACUCAUGUGUUAAAUAGUUGCAAAAAAACUGUAACUUCACUGGCGCUUGCUGGAGAUGGUCGUCUUUUGGUUACUGGCGAGUGCGGACACAUGCCCAAUGUGCGAGUUUGGGAUAUUUCAGAUCAGCAAAAUGCCAUUCAGAUUGCCGAGUUUUCCAGCCAUAAAUAUGGAAUUAAUUGUGUUGCUUUCUCGCCAAGCAAUAAAUAUGUUGUUUCUAUUGGAUCACAACAUGAUAUGAUUGUGAACGUCUGGGACUGGCGAAAUAAUGUAAAGGUUGCAUCAAACAAAGUGUCAAGCAAGGUGAAGGCUGUAUCGUUUGCUGAAAAUGGCAGUUAUUUUGUCACUGUUGGUAAUCGGCAUGUAAAAUUUUGGUAUCUUGAAUAUACUCGAAGUGCCAAGUAUAAGGAACCAGUGCCUCUAAUGGGCCGAUCUGCCAUAUUAGGUGAACAACGAAAUAAUGAUUUUGUAGAUGUAACUUGUGGCCGUGGAGAGAUGGCUGAUUCUACUUAUGCUAUUACAAAAACUGGCUUACUCUGCGAAUUUAAUAAUCGAAGGCUCCUUGAUAAGUGGGUCGAGUUGAGGACAAGCAGCGCGAAUUGUAUGGCUGUAGGUGAAAAAUUCAUUUUUAUAGGAUGUGCCGAGGGAAUUGUUAGAUGUUUUAGUCCAGUAACACUUCAAUUUAUUACAACGUUACCCAGAACUCACUAUUUAGGUGUAGAUGUAGCUUGCGGAUUGUCAAUAAGUCAUAUGUCUCAACAUCCAACAAAUGCUAGAUAUCCAGAUGCAGUUGCCUUGGCUUUUGAUGAAUUGAAUAACAAACUCACAUGCGUUUAUAAUGAUCAUAGCAUUUAUGUUUGGGAUAUACGAGAUAUAAAACGUGUUGGGAAAUCGCAUUCUUUUCUCUAUCAUUCUGCAUGUAUAUGGGGCGUUGAAAUGUAUCCAACUGAUAGUGAAUCAAUUAACGACAUGCCGUCGAAUAGCUUUAUAACAUGUUCAAGUGAUGAUACAAUUCGAGUAUGGAAUUUAAAAAAAGAUUUUUCGUCAAAUCAAAAAGUUUAUAAUCGCAAUAUUUAUAGUAAUGAAUUAUUAAAAGUGUUAUAUGUUGAUCCUGAGUUAACAUAUUUAAAAGAUUUAGAUUUAGCUACGGCAGGAUCAACAGAAAAAAGUGAUACCUCGUAUGAUGGUCGUAAUGGUGUUAGAUCAAUUAGAGUAAGUCCAGAUGGUAAACAUAUAGCUUCUGGAGAUCGAUCAGGCAAUAUCCGCAUUCAUGAUGUAGCAACUUUAGAUGAAUUGUGUCUUAUAGAAGCUCAUGAUGCUGAAGUACUUUGCCUGGAGUAUUCAAAAUACUCUCGAAAUACAACCGGCGGGCCAAGACUUCUGGCUAGUGCUUCAAGAGAUAGAUUAAUCCAUGUUUUUAAUGUUGAUGAAGGGUAUAAUUUUCUCCAAACACUUGAUGACCAUAGUUCCUCAAUUACAGCAGUAAGAUUUUUCAAAACAACGCAAAGUGAUAAAAUUCAAAUGGUAUCAUGUGGUGCUGAUAAAAGUAUUAUCUUUAGACAAUUGCAAAUGACCCCUGGAGGUUCACCACAAUUUGUACGAGAUCACAAUGCUCAAGGAAAAACUACUCUAUAUGACAUGGAGGUAGACUCUGGUCAAAAACAUGUUUUAACAGCUUGCCAAGAUCGUAAUAUUAGAGUAUACAAUGUAGCCACUGGGAAACAUAGCAAAACAUUUAAAGGUUCAGUUGGUGAAGACGGCUCUUUAAUAAAAGUCGUUUUAGAUGCAUCGGGAAUAUAUGUUGCAACUUCAUGCACUGACAAGACCUUAUGUGUUUAUGAUUACUACAGUGGUGAAUGUAUGGCAACAAUGUUAGGUCAUUCAGAACUAGUAACUGGCCUGCGAUUCAGUCCAGAUUGCCGUCACUUGGUAUCAGCUAGUGGUGAUGGUUGUAUUUUUGUUUGGAGUAUACCGCAUGACAUGGUAGUGACAAUGCAAGCUCGAUUAGCUCAACAAGCGAUGCGUGCAGGUCAAAAGCUACAUAAUUUACCAAAUGGACUUGCAGUACAGCUUAACAAUGAAACCUUUGGUCCACCAUCACCAGAAUUUUUCAAUCCAAAUGCCAAUUCAACCAUACAAACUUCAGCUGUUGAUUAUCGGUUUAGCGUCGGCCAAUUACCUCAUUGGGCUAAGAAACAAAUCAAUACAAAUACUAAUAUUCAAGAAAAUAUCUCUUCUAGUGUCAGAUCGGUUGGAGUAGAUAUGCCAAAAGGUCGAUGGGCUCAACGUGUUCAACAGACUGAUGGUAUUACAGUUAAAUCUGUCUAUGAUAGUGACGAGAUUAUUCAUUUUCCUCCUUCAAGAAGUGUCAUCGAUUCUGAUGGUGGAUGUGGUGGUGCUGGUGGAUCUAAAGACAGUUCUAUUGAUAGCGGAACUGAAACAAAAUGCAGUAGUGAUUACAGGCGUGAAACUAUUAUCAUAAAAAAGGAGGAAGAAGAAAACGUAUUCGCACCGUGCCCUGAUAGUUAUAGAGAAUUAACGGAAGAUUUAAAACAGAUGACGGGUGGCAACGUAACGAUAACUAGAGGUAGCAAUAUUACAGAGUUAACUCACCAAUCGAGAAUACGACAUUGCACCGAUGACAGCAGUCUUAGCAGUUUUAAAUUAGAGGAUCACGAGAGUACAGAACAUGACGGUGAUGUCGAAGAUUAUUCUGAGGGAGAAAAUGGAACAACAAGUUCUGAAAAAUCACAUAAUUUAAUAUACUAUCCUCCAAUCGAAGAUACUGUAUCAAAUCAGUUUAAAGUAAAUGCUAUGGAUGUAGAAGAACUUCGAAGAUCUAUGAGAAGAGGGAAAAAAAUUAAAAUUGGAGAUAGUAAUCGCAGUGAAUUAACAACAGCAUCAGGCAGUCAAGAUGAUUCAGACUCAGAAGGUGGUGCAUCAACUCCAAGUGCUGAACGCAAUCCAUUGUCUAUAUUAUCUGAAGCAAGUUCUGAAGGAUAUGAUCAAGUUUCAAAUCAAACUCAUCGAGAGAAAUAUCUUAAAAAUGCUUUUGAAUCUCUUAGUGGUGCUGAUGAACCUACGAAUAGAAAAAAUACCAGUAUUAGCUCUCAAUUUCAUGGGAGAUUUAGUGGAGGACAAAACCAAGGAAAUAAAAUACACCAAACUCAAAAUAUAAAUCCAAUAGUGCCAAAAAAUACCAAACUCAGUGCUGAUGUAACUAAAAAUCGUGAAGAAUUACAACGGCGAAUAGAAGAGACGAGAAGAAAAUUACAAAGUGUUGGCUAUAAGUCCUCUUUAAAAUCAAGUCAAAGUAUUUCAGAUCUCAGCAGCCAUCUACCAGAUCGCCAUCAUCGUCAAAGUAGAAUUGGUUCAGGUAAUAAUAAACUUGAAACAGAUGGCAGAUUUCCGUCGAAAGCUUCUGAUUCUAAAGAUGAAAUAGAAGACAAAGGUAUGCGACGUGCUUGUUCCUUGAGUGAUCUCUCCGUCAGUCCACCAAAUAGGUUACUGCAUGGUCCAAUACAAGUUUCAGGUAAAUUAAGUAUUAAAAAUUCUAAUAUAUCAUCGAGGAAUGGAACUGGUACUCAUACGAAUAGUGGAUUACCAUCAAGAUAUACCUCUAGUAAAUCUCAUUCAACCUACAUGACUCGAAGUAGCAGUGUAGGCGUUUUAAACCAACAUAGUGAUUCAGAAUCGGAUGCUGGAAUAGCUUCAAGUGGUAGAAACUUCACAAAUUCAACGACAAACAAUCGAAUAAGUGGAUUGAUGAGACCUACAAUUAGUUCACAGAAUAAAAUAAAUCAUCAAACUAAACCACAUUCUUCUUCAAGUAGUAAUUUACCCAUGGUUUUGAGAAGACGUGGAAUGCAAUCUGCUUAUUCAAGUGUCAAUCUAAGUCAAGUUGGUAAUCAAGAAGAUUCUAGCUCAGAGGAUACUUCUUCAAAUGGUAAUGGCGGGAAGCCAACAUUGCCACCCAGACCUCGAAGUAUUAACAUCGAUCUCUCAGCAAACUUUAAUUCUGUUGGAUCAUCAAUCAGACGGUCAGGGUCAAAUACGACAAUAUCAACUAGUCGGCUAAUAAAUAAUGCAAGUGGUCAAAUGAGGCUCUCUAGUCGUAACCAAUUGGAUCAAAAUCCUCAAAAACCUUCUGCUAAAGAAAUCAAUGUAGCUAAUGCUGAACUAUCCCCUCAAUUAUGUAAUACAAUUGCCGAUGAAUUGACGAGAACUGCAGAUAAUGUAGUUCAAUUAUAUAAACGACUAGCGAUGGAUAGUUCUGCAAAUUCUGUGCUUGGACCUAUUGAUAGAGAUACAAUGCUUCGAGGUUUAGAGUCAUCAGUUAAUGAAGCGAUGCAAACACUUCGUCUUGUUGCAGCUAGCACAACUAACAAAGAAACUACUGACAAUGAUCCUUCAGUUGUUAAUGAAGCGACCGAAACAUUUAAAGAAUUAUUGGCAGGCCAAGAUCAGGGAAAAGUUGUUAAUAUAAUGCAACAAUAUUCGGAAAUGCUAUUGAGUAUGAUGCAGCAAAGAAUGAGUGGCACACAACCAAAUCACGCCUAGAGCACAUACAAGCAACAAUAUAUUUAAAAAUUUUAGUAAUAAUAAUCUCGAGAGGACAUUUAAACUGCCACAAAAACUUAAUUAUCCGAAUAAGUUUGUGGUUUUAACUAUUGCUCUCUUGCCAAUAAUUAAAUUUAAUAAAUUUUCCUAAGCUUGUUUAUCAAUAUAACGAUAUCGUGUCAUUGUCAUUAAUAAAAAUAUUUAUCGUUUUUUAUUAUUCAUUAAUAAAAUACUAUUUUUGAGCCAUAUUGGAAAUAAUGCAAUUGUAACAUUAUACAAGUCAAUACUUAAAUAAUAUAUCAAGAUUAGCGAAGAAAAUAUUAUAAUAUUCAUUAUUCGUUUUUACGUCAUAUUCAUUAAUCAUAAAUGAUUUUUUUUCAUCACAGUUUGGAUUCAUUUGCUAUUAAAUAGAAAAUAAUUUGAAUUCUCCACUUACUUUAUUAAUGAAGCAAAUUUAAAUGACGAUAAAAAUAGAAAAGUCGAAUUAAUUUACCGCUGUAGUAUAUAUCUAUAAUAUCGUAUGUACAUGAAUAUCGGGAAAAAAUAUAAUAAUAUUAUUUGUGUUAAAUAAUAAGUAAGUAAUUACGAUAAAACUAGUAACAGGCUCUAUGCCAAGAAAUGCCAAUAACUAAAGACUCAUAGUAUUAAUAAAAUUUUGUGCAUCACCUGUGUUAUAUACUAUAACGGUAAUAAUAUUUUCGUCUGUUAUAUAACCAAAGGCAAUACUGUUUAUAAUUUACUUAAAACAUACAUUAUUAUUGAUAUGCUAGAAAUUAAACAUUUAACUUUUACUAAUUUAAUCGAAUUUAUUUAUUUGGAAAUGAGAUAUUGAGAAAUACUGAGAGAUAUUGAUUUUUUUUAGCCAUUUAUUAAAAAUAAUUUAUGUAAAUAUUGUCAAUCAAGAAAAAAAGUUUUUUUUAUACAUAUUUUAUGUUAUCAUAUAAUAUAACGAUUAUAAAAAAAAAAACAAUAAUAAUUUUUAGGUUAACUCUCUUCUUGUAAUGAAAUUAUAUAUAUAUAUUUUGAUGUAAACUUUUAUCGGAUAGGAAUUGAUGCAUAUAGACAUUUUUAAUGCAAAUAUUUCAAUUAAUAUAACUUUAUAAAUAAAAUAAAAUUGAUAAUGAUGAGAAAAAAGUAGAGAAAAUUGCUAUGGUAUAGUCGUUUUUUUUUGUUUAUAUAUAUAUAUAUAUAUACAUUCGCCAAUUUAAUGGAUUUAAAUCGAUUAUGCUCAAACGCAAAACGAAAAAUCAUUACAUAAUUAAAAAAAAAAAAAGAAAGAAAGAAAAUAAUUAGAGAUAUAAAAAAGACACAAAAAUGUAUUAUGCAAAAAAUAUUGGCCGUUAAGAAGAAAUAGUAUGUUCACACCAAAAGAGGAAAGUCAAGAAGAAAUUAUUCUUGUUUAAACUGCUAUGGAGGCAUAGUAAAGCCGGAACCACGUUUGCCAUCUGACGGAAAUUCAAAUAAACAUAUUGCAACAAUGACUAUGGUCAUAAUAAAAUUUACAAUGGUUACAGUCAUUCAUUAUGUAAUUGUUGUCUAUUUUACAUAGCCAUAGUAAUUUUUGGAAUGUGAUUAUUUUAAUUUCUGCGCAGGUGGCCAAUAUGGUCCGACUUUACAAUAAUACCAUAGCAUUUAAAACGAGAAUGAUUUCUUCGUAUAGGACAUUUCAAUUCGCGUGUAUAAUUGGCUUUUACGUGGCAAACAUGCAGAUUAGGACGUUCUACCUUUCUUUGUAAUGUGCAUACUAUUUAUCACCAUAUCUGCACCUAACAGUUCAAAUUAUUUCACCAUACCUGCACCGAAAUUUUAAAUUCCCGCUCCGUUUAGAAGGAAGAAAGUCGUUCUUUUUUCUUUUAUUAAAAAACAAAUGAUAAAAAUUAGCACAUGCGCCAUUCUUCCCAAAAACAGGCAAAAAUUUAAAAUUUCAGGUGCAGGUUUAGUGAAAAAUCGUAUAUACACCACGGAGGAAAGUAGGAUGUCCCCAUUCGCGUGUUUGCCAUGUUAGCCACACGCGGGAUGGAAUGUCUUACUUCCCUCCCUUGAUGUGUAAUAUACUAAAUUGCCUCUGUUUACGGAAAGAAUAUCGCAUGCGUUAAUUUAUAUCAUUUGUUCUCUCUUGAGAGAACAUAAUGAUUUUCUUCCCGCUAAGCAGAGCAAGAAUUUCAAUUUUCGGCGCAGGUAUAGUGAAAUAGUAUAUUAGACACCUAGGGUGUGUGACCUCGGCUUCGCCUCGACCAACAAUUACAUGUGAUCUGAGACAUUUCUUACUUUACUUCUCUAGGUGUGUAAUAUAUUAUAUCAUUAUGAUUUCAUUUAACACUCUAUUAUGUAAAAAUACAUUGAUUGAAAAUUAUAUAAAGACUUUCAUGGCAUUCUAAUUCAUAUUUAAUAUCUUAUAAUUUAUCGUGCCAUUAUAACUUGUUUUAGUUAAACAGUAUCAAUGCUUUUCUUAUUCAUAAAAAAAAAAUAAUAAUUUUGUAACAAUAUUAAGAAUUAUAAUAUUAUUAAAUGAAAAAAAGAAA